AUGGAAAAAGAUUACCACUCUCCAACAAUACAAGGUACAGCCUCACCACGUUAUGUCCUCUCUUCAGCCAAAAUUUCUUCAACAUAUUCUCAAGAUCCUCUCCAAUCACUUGUGAAUUUUUCCAUUAACCGCACCAUAGUCAACGACGCCGCACUCGUCUCUUACUCUCAAAACCUCACCGUUCUCGCAUCCUCCGUCCUCCCACAGACGAGUCUCAGCCUUAGACCAGAACCACAGAUGCUCGAUUCAAAAACCGAACCUCCUGACAACAACUACCUCACGGUUGAUGACUCCAACGAAGAUCACGAAAUCGUGGAGCUCGACUCCGUGGAACUGCUCGCGGAACAUCCCCAGUUCUGUGGGAUUUGCAGGAAAGGUUUCAAGCGCGACGCGAAUCUCCGAAUGCACAUGCAAGCGCACGGGAACGAUGUCAAGACACCUGAAGCGUUGGCGAAGACUUUCGACUACGGCGACACACAACGCGGUUCGAGGCGGUUCUCAUGUCAGUUUGAAGGAUGUCACAAAAACAAGAAGCAUAGAAAAUUCAAGGCGUUGAAAUCAAUGAUAUGUGUUAAGAAUUGUUUCAAACGGAGUCAUUAUCCGAAGAUGUAUGCGUGUGAUCGGUGUCAUAAGAAGAAGUAUUCGGUGCUUUUGGAUUUGAAGAGCCAUAUGAAACAGUAUGGUGGAUAUUGUAGGUGGAAGUGCUCAUGUGGGACCAUGUUUUCUAGGAAGGAUAAGUUGUUUGGACAUAUUGGUCUAUAUGAGGGUCACAUGUCUGCUGUUUUGGAAAAUGAUAAUAAUUGUGAAAUGUUGAAAGAGCUGAUAUAUCUUCCUAAGAAGCUACUAGGUUGGGUUUCUUUUGCAGUAUGCAUGGCUAAAUGUUUCAUUGUUCGAGUAGUAAUUGCUAGUUUCUCUCAAUUUAUGUUGUGGGAUCCUCAGAAGAAAAAAAAAAUUAUUUGGACAUUAUUUUUACAAUCUUGA